UGGCAACCAAAGGAGGAGGUAUCACAAGCAAUCCAACGUUCCGCAGAAUAUAAUUUCUUUCAUAUGGGGGUCUUACAUCUUCAUCGCUUCUGACUUUGUCAGUAAGUCGGUUUGACUUCUACAGGGGAUUUCUGUGACGCUGAUCCAUCUGGACAACCACAAGCGAUCCAGAGAACAGGCGCAAAACAUUCCGAUGAAGGACUCAACCGCUCUAUAUACUACAUCACAAACUCAAUGAAAGUUUCACAUAAGUUUAAUCCAAACAUUCCCACUUACCUUAUGCAACUUCCUUCUGGUGCAGCUUGAGAAUCCGCACUCACCUGAAACAAGGAUAAUGGCGUCACCUGCGAUUGGAAUUGACCUGGGGAACAGCCUUCUGCGCGCAGCGGUCUUCCAGAAUGAUGUCGUGGAAGUGGUUGCGAAUGAGCAAGGUGACAGCUCCCUUCCUGCUUUUGUUAGUUUCACGAACAGAGGUCGUCAUGUCGGCGAGGAUUCCAAGAGCCACCUUACAGAGGAUCUGAAAAACACGGUUUUUGACGUUAAGUGUCUCAUCGGCCGGUCCCCCGAAGAUCCCAGCAUUCUUGAGAAUCUCAAGAAUUGGCCAUUUACCAUAAUCAGUAACGAUACGCACACAAAGAUCCAGAUCACUUACAAAAAUCAAAGGAAAGCAUUAAACCCAGAGCAGAUCUUAGCUAUGUUUCUCGAGAAACUCAAGGAGUCUACAGAUGAGCAAUUGCGCUGCCAAGUCAAGGAUGCUGUUGUUUCCAUUCCCUCUCAUUUCACUCACUCCCAGCGUCAAGCCGUUCACGCAGCCUGCAGUAUAGCAGGUUUUAAUGUACUCCGUCUUGUAAGCAGUUCCCUCUUAGCAACCAUCUUCUAUGGAUAUGACAGAAAAAUAGAGAAGGAACUCGUCUUAACUUUCGAUUUUGGCAGUUGCAGUACUAGUGUUUCUGUUGUUAAAAUUGAGGAUGGUAGCUAUGAAGAACUAUCUACAGCUGGUGACACAUCUUUUGGUGGCAAAGAUCUUGAUAACAGGAUGCUUGGUUUUCUUAGCUAUGAGUUUCAGCAGUUGAAUAAUCUAGACAUAUCCAAAGAUGUGGGGGCCACAGUUAGGUUGCUGACUGCGUGUGAGAAUGCAAAGUUGAUUUUAUCCUCCUGUAAUGAAGCAAAUAUUAACAUUGAUUCUUUACAUGAAGGUACAGAUUUCAAUACCUGUAUAGCUCGGCCAUGUUUUGAAGAGCUAUGCGAGGAUUUGUUUAAUAGGGCUAUCGAUCUAAUAAGCAAGUGUGUCCAUGAUGCUAAAAUUGAUAAAGGUAAUAUUGAUAAGAUUAUUAUGACUGGAGGCUCUUCCCAUAUUCCCAAGGUCCAAGAAAUGAUAAGAAAUUACUUUGAUGGGAAGGAAAUAGAAAACCCUAACGCAUUUGAAGACGCUGUGGUUCAUGGCGCUGCAAUACAAGCAGCAGUAUUGUGUGGGAAUGAGUCAGAUAUACUUCAAGACCUAAUCAUACAAAGUGCUGUUCCAAUAUCCUUGGGGAUAGAGACAGAUAGAGACCACAGGUCUCUGUCAUUCCCCUUUCACCAAAAUCCAAUGACUUCUUUGAUGAAUGCUGCCUCUGAAUCUAUUGGUGAAACCCUGACAGCUGUUGGAACAAAGUUUGCUGGGCAGUCUCUUACUAAAGCAGCAGCCAGAAUGGCUAACGAGGCAAUGAGUGUUGCUGGAUCAAUUAUGCCAGACAAGGAGAGAAUUGCAGGAAGAAUGAUGACUCCCCUGGUAAAGCGCAACACUCUGGUCCCCACCAAGCAGGUCAAAUUGUGCACUACUUUUGCUGACAAUCAGGUUGGUGCGUUGAUCCAGAUUUAUGAGGGAGAAGGCCUCUUGACGAAAGAUAAUAAUAUCAUUGGUAAACUGGAGAUGACUGGGAUUCCAGCUGCACCACGAGGUGUCCCCCAGAUUGAGAUUUCCAUGGACAUCGAUGCUGACGGUACACUCAGUGUCACAGCGGUGGAAAAAGAAACUAAUAGGCAGAGCAAAAUCAUACUAAGCAAUGCUACAGGCCGUUUCAGUAAGGAGGAAAUAGAUCGGAUGAAAUUUGACAUGGAUAAGUUUAAAAUUGAUGAUAAAAAACUUCGGGAACGUAUUUCAUCCAAAGUUUCCCUUGAAAUUUAUUGUACUCAGAUUAAGAGCGCCAUCGAAGGUGAAACUUUUGAGGCUGGUCGUUGCAGGAUACUGGAAGUCUGCAACAAAAACCUUGAAUGGCUGACAUCUAAUCCUACAGCUCAACGAGAUGAGUACGAACAGAGAAGGAGAGAAAUCGAGGACAUCUGCCAACCAGUUAUGACAAAAAUUUACCAGGCUGUCGUUGGAGCCCCAGAGAGCACCUUCAACGAGCCCUCCCCUUGCUUCCUGAGGGUUCCCACCAUGACCUCCUUCGGCGGCUCGAGAAGAGCGUCAACAAAUAUUCAAGGGAUAUCGAGAUGGUCGUCAGUCGCCAGCUUAUCCAACAGAUCCUUCAGCAUCCUGCCGAGGGGUUCCUCUGUAUUUGGCGAUGUCCUGUUUGAGGGCAAUUUAAGAGACGAUACCGCGACCAAAACUUCGCUGAGGAGUUUCUGUUUCAGUGUGAGCGAACGAUGCAAUAUGAUCCGUGAAUCUUGCAUGGAGGCAAUCACGUGGAUGGACGAGAAUGCAAUGGCGUCGAAAACUGAUAUUACCAAGAGACAGAAGGAGAUUGAGCACAUGUGCAGAUUUCUUGUUCCCCAAAUUUGAGGAAACAGUCUUAAACUUAACUCCUCUCAAUCAGCUACUCCGAAUUAUUCCACGCGUGGCGUGGUAGCAGUUUUUCAGAUUUGAUAAAACUUGCUGUAUUAAUAAAACGAAAGUAAGAGCUCGACGAAUGUGUUUAGGGCUUUUCAGUUUAAUAAAAGAAAGUAAACCGGAAAUAAUUCUGAAUUAGUGUCUAAAAUUUGAACUACAUAAAAAUAAAUAUGUAUUUUCAUUAAUCUUAGAUUAUGUUAAACAAGUUAAGCCUUUUUGGGUGAGUUAAUUUUGUUAUUAUAUAUACUACACUAGCCACCUGUUAUGAAUCUUAUUUAAAUAUGUAGUUUUUAGAGCCAGGUAGAGCAUA